CCUACCGCUACGGGAACAACAACAGCACCUCCGCAAAACUCCCCGCGAAGCAAAUCCAGGAGUAUCAACAGAAACUCGGCUGCCUACUAUUCGCAGCAGUAACCUGCCGACCCGAUCUCUCCUACAGCGCGAGCCAACUGGCGACGCAUCUGAAGCAGCCGGAACAAGAAAAUCUCGAGGAGCUCAACCGGGCACUACUCUACUUCGUCUCCACGCCGACGACCGGACUUACCUACAGCAAAGUAACCACACCGUCCGUACGACUACUCGGAUACGUCGACGCCGACCACGCGGGAGACAAGGAAAAUCGACGAUCGAGAACGGGCUACAUCUACCGACUAGAACCUAUCGGGACUAUUUCCUGGCAGUCAAGCAAGCAGGAACUAAUCGCACUAUCUUCGGCUGAAGCAGAAUAUAUCGCCCUAUGUACUGCGACCAAGGAAUGACUCUACCUACGAGAGUUGCUAGAGGAAGCGAAGAUUGCGACCCUGCCCGCCUUCUCACUCCUCUGCGACAACCAAUCAGCGAUCAAAAUCGCAAACAAGGACGGCUUCGCCAACCGAACCAAACACAUCGCCCUGCGGUACUUCUUCGUCAAGGAUGAAAUCGCGAAGGGGAGACUUCAACUCAGUUACUGCCCUACGACAGAAAUGGCCGCAGACUAUCUGACGAAGAAAUUGGCGAAGGUGAAGUUCGAUUACUGCAUGCUGCUGACCGGGCAGACAAACGUCACCGGAUCCGAACACGUCAGCACUCCAGAAACGAAGGGGAGUGUUGGAAAUAUCUCAAAGGACUUAAGCGUUUCUGAAGUGUAACACUACACUCGAGGAAGAUCGCAACGGGUACGCGAGUCAACGGAGGUUACACAAGGGGGCGGACAAAGAACGCGAAGGAACUUGAUGGGU